AUGUUACCAGUGCCACAAGAUCGUAUGUCUGGUCGACGCAGCAGUUCUAUUGUUAGUAGAACAUUGCUGGGUCGUCGAGCCUCCGUCUAUGUUACAAGCAACCAGCAAGAUCCGGCGAAGCUAAUAACGGAUAUAAACGUGCAGCUGGCAUUGUUCCGCGACCUUCUUAUUCACAUCGGGCAACCUCACGACUCUCCUGAACUACGUGAGAGGGUGCGUCGUCUACGUCGAACUUGCGUAGAAGCAACCAAGCAAACCAGCCAGUUAGUUCUUCCGGCGUGCAAAAAACCAGCAGGCGAAGGGUGCGCAGACCAGCCUCAACUGGUGUUGCUGUACUUUAUGUCCCAACUACUCCUCCGAGAGCUUGCAAAGUGCCACCGUCUUGUUCAGCUCGUGCCUAUGGACAUGACUUCAUACUAUGAAAAUCGCGCUGGCCCGUCGAACUUCGGCAACGUGAUUAGUCAGAUAUUGUUGUGCAAGCAGAUCACGCCUGACUUCAAUCAGGAGGAGCUGUGCAGUAUCGCCAAGGAUACGCAGGAAAUCACAAGAAUCGUCAACGACAUACAAGAGUACCUACCACAACACGAAAACCUUAAUCAUCUAGAGACUAGCGUGGCGCUUAAAGGCGACGACGUUAACGGCCUAUGGAGGAAUAAACGAAGAGGAUCUCUUUACAAAGGCAUGGGAGUGCUUUGUUGUAUGUCGCGUCCCAACUACCUCUGA